GCCAUGUUUGUACUCUGUUGGAAACCUUCGCCGCAUAGAGGCUGUUUCCUCACCAUUUUCGCGUUUUAUACCGUGAUAAUGGUGGAAUACUAAAGAUUAAAUGCACUCUUCAGAUUUCUAGUCAAACUCCAAGUGGGACGUGUCUUUGGACCAUGUCAGACAACGCUCAGGAUUAUGACUUUGAUGAGUAUGACAAACCCGGUGCUGAGCGGUCACGCAGGAGGAGAGGUGAAGAUGACGACCUAGAAAGUGAUUUGGAGGAGGAUUUGUUGGAGGAAGAUUGGCUGUCAGGUAAAAAGAAUCCCUCAGAAGUGUCAGAUGAAGAGCUGAAUGACGACCUCCUACAAAGCGAUGAUGAAGAUGCGAACAUCAGCGGUCAGGUUUUGAGCCUCAAUGACACAUACAGCUUGGGCACAUCCUAUGACCAGCAGGACAACUUGCAGGAAACAGACUACACAGAUGACCCGGGCGCAGAGGGCUGUGAGGAAGGAGAUGUAGAGCAGGAGGGAUACCAGCAAGAGGGGGAAGAGGAGUACACAGAGGGAUACAGCCAGGAUGACAACGCAGAGAUGCCUGAAGACCAAAUGGAUUACGAUGGAGAACAAGCUGAGGGUGACGAUGGCUACCAGGAUGAAGUGCUAGACAUCCAAAUCAGUGAACCCAUAGAUGGUGAAUUUGAUGAUGAAUUUCAAACCUCCUAUGACGAUCAGCACUUCGAUGAACAUGGAGUCCAACAGAAGGAGGCCCUCAGGGAGGAGGAGGGGGAGGUAGGGGGAGAAAAUGAGGAGGAAGACGCAGCCGAGGGCUCCCAGGUCUUUGACAUAGAGCAGGUUGAAAACGAAGCUGCACCUGAAGAAGAAAUAAAGGAGGAAUCUGAGGAGGAGGAUGAGGAAGAUGAAGAGUCUGGCCGCUUGCGGUUCAAAUCUGAGAGAAAGGAUGGUGUUGUUGUGCGGUUGGCAGAUGCAAGUAAACGAAGGAAUAUCCCCGAAACACUAGAACUGUCUGAAAAGGCCAAACAAGAUCUGAUGGCAUUUGAGGAACAGGAAAGGCAAAAGAAACAAAACCGUUUUGGAGGUCGAGGCAGAGGAGGAGGCCGAGGAGGCAGAGGAAGAGGAGGCUUCACAGGUUUUGGAAUGGUGGAUUUUAGAGGAGGGAACAGAGGAAGAAUGCAUGACCAGAGGCCCCCCCUGAUGGUUCACAUGGGCAAGCAGCAGCCAUCCUCCCGAAUGCCUCCUCCUCAUCAGCAGCAAGUGCAGUCCCAGCAACACCACCCUAUGCGUCCAAGAGGACCUCCUCCCUUCCAAGAGCAUGGGCGCCCGCUGCCCCCACAGCCCCUCCAGCCCCUCAUUCCCCCGCACAUGUCUCACCGCUCCCCGCCGAUGCGGCCCCAGAUGGAGACACCACCACGAAUGAUGAACUCCCCGCCACCCAACUUCUCCCAGCAUCACCAGCAGCAGCCCCCACAGCCUAAAAACAUCCACAUUAACCCCCAUUUCAGAGGGCCCACAUCAUCCUCUGUACAAGUGCCCUUGAUGCCUCCUGCUCAGAGCCAGCCCAGACCUGCUGUGAGUCCUCAGAGGUUCCCUGGACCGGGAGACUUCCAGCAGCACAUAUCUGGUAAUUUCGGUCAGCCCCAGCGGCCUCCUCAUCACAUGGAGCCCUUUAGGAACCAGCCACCUCAAGGUCCCCAAGACAGAGAGCCCCUCUUUAUGGGAGAGCGCACAGAGUCAACAAGGUUUCCAGGGCAGCACAUGUUUGAUAACCAGGGCCCCAGCCCUCUGAUGAACAACAGCCACAACCUCCAUCACCAGCAGCAUCUGCCCGGCCAGGGCCACAUGGGCUUCGGUCCACCAGGACCAGCUUUCAGCCAGCCGGGCCAGGGUCCAAUGGGACUUUUUCCAAGAGAACCCCUGAGACCCAACCUCCCUCCUCACCAAGGUCACCAGGGGAUGGUCGAUUUGAAUCAACGAGGCAUGCCCCCCAACCAGCCUCGACCCUUCAUGGGGCCUCGUCAGCCUUUUAACCAACCAGGGAACCUAUUUCCCCCUCCACAACUCCAGUUUGGGAUGCAGGUACGAAUAAGAGGCUUAAUGCAUGGCCCUCCUGUUUCUCAGAUACCGCACCAUGACCCCAUGCCACCCCAUCAGCCCUUGCACCAGCAACAUCAUAGGCAGGAGUUACCUCGUCAGCAGCACCAGCACCAGCAGCAGCUAAGUGUCAAUGAACCUCGCCUCAUAAUGCACCACAGCCAGAAUCCCUUCCACCAACAGCAGUUGCAUGGCAGCCCCAGGCAGAUGACCCCCCGCCCUCAGAACCCCCAACAGCGAAACAUGUCUAACAGGCAGAGGAUGAACACACCUAUCUCCAAGCAAAUGCAGCAGCGCAGCAGCAACCUACGGGAGCUCCCUGUAGCACCUGGCAACACAAACAUGAGCAGUGCCCGCCCCGCCGCCAAUGUUAGGCCUGUUGCCAAGGCAACACGUCCUGGGCUGAGCACUCAGCCGGUGCCUGCCGGUGGCAGAGGAAGAGGCCAAGUUGCUGUCAAGACUGAAUCACAGCCUGGAGAAGGCAGGACAGUGGUCCGCAAAGAAAUCCCAAGCACAGAGUCCAGUACAGCACCACAGCAGAACCCGGAUGAGGAUGAGGAGACACGGCAAUACCGUCUGAAAAUUGAGGAGCAGAAGCGUCUCAGAGAGGAGAUCCUGAAGAAAAAGGAGAUGCGACGGCAGAUGCUAGCUGGUGUCAGAAAAAAGGAGCUUCUGGACAGGCUCAAUUCCCAGACAAACACUCCGAGCCAACCCCCAGCUACUUCACAGAUUCAACCCACACAACAAAAUCAGCAAACGCCACACCCUGUACAACAACGACAACAACCCCCACAACCACAGCAGCAGCAGCAGCAACAGCAGGAACAAAAACAACAACUACAGCCACAACAGCAGAGACAGUUUCCCCAGAGACCACCACAGUCAUUAAAUCAAUCACUGAAGAAUCCUAAUCAAGGCUCUCCCAAUCCUCCCAAUGGCAGCACUCCGACCCCAACACAACGUCCUAAUGUCAAGACACGCCUGGAUAUGGUAAAAGGUAGCCCCCAACCGCCGCAGAUCCCCAGGCCCGGUCCAGAUCAGCAGUGGAAACAGCCCCAACAGAAUCAGCUGCUGCAACAGCGAAAGAACAGUGCUGUGCAGAACAUAAACAGGCCUGGUGCUCAGAUCCAGUCCAGUCAGGUUCCCCAGAAGAACAUACCUCCCGUAUCUCCCGGCAUGGGCCCUGGCCAGGCUCAGAAUCAAGCAGCUAAACCAGGGGCAAAAAGAACUGUGAUGCAGCGGGCAAAGAAUUCUGAUUUCGAAAGCCAGCAGGUGCCACAAAAAGUCAGAGUCGUCAAACUUUCAGGAGGGGGUGGAAAGGGGCCUGUGGCCACCGAGUGCCCAGAGCAGCAACAAGGCACCUGGUCGGGAACCCCGCACAACCAGGCUGUCCAAAGGAAGGUCACCAUAACGGGACAGCAGCAACAGGGAGCAGGUGGAACACCGCAGGCAGGCCGAGGGGGCAUGGGCAACCCACAGCAAAACAGGGUUGUCGUAUCGGGACGGGGCCGAGGUAGAGGGGGUGGUCAGAUGGGUCGAGGUCGUCCGAUGUCUACCCGGCAGAACCAAAGAAGUGCAGAGAGCGAACGCUGCACUGUUUCCAUAGAGGGCCUCUCUUCAUCCACAACAGAUGUUCAACUGAAGAACCUUCUCAGAUCCAUUGGCCCCAUAGAGACGUUUAAAAUGAUGCCCCAGCAGAGGAAAGCAGUCGCCACAUUUUCCAAUGCCCAGCAUGCAGCAAGUUUUCAAAUGAGCUUCCACAGGCACAUGAUUGAUUUGUCCCACAUUGAUGUGUCGCUGAUUGAUGGAUGAGGAGCACAAUAAGAGCCAGGGAGUCGGCCUAGAAGAAGUCAGUUUCUCCCAACGUGGGAGCCUCUCGUGCGCAGCUCCAGCCUGGCGUUGGAAUAUUUCUACAACCCUUUUGAGGGGAUGGGGGGUCUCACACGCUCUGCACAGAAGCAUCAUCCAUCUCCUAUCAACUUGGAACAGUGAAAAUAAAGACACUGGCUGGGAUCAUGCCAUUGUUUGACUUUGUCUACCAACUGUCCGUUGUUGCAAGAUGGCACAGGAGAGAGACCCUGGACAGUUAAUCCUACUGUGACGUAGUUUGUAAAGAAUGUUUUGAGCAUCUUACGCGGACACUGUGUAGAAUUUAUCAUUGGAUAAUGGUUGCUCCCCUUCUCAGUUAGAUCCGUUAUUAAAACAAAGAGAACAUUUAAACUUUAUCAUUCUGAUGUGACCACUUAAUUGAGGGUUGUUGUUUUUUCUCGUUGUUUUUUUUUUUUUUUUAUCAUUUGUGGCCCACUGUUAGGUUUGGUUGCAGGAAGUAGUAGCGUCAAACUGUGGCCAGCUGAUUCACACCCAGCAGCAGCGUUUCUCCCCCUCUGUAGAUGGCAGUAUUUCAUCACUAAUGAUGCUUCCUUUUUUCCAACUCCAGCCUGCCUCCAGGUACGGCUGAGUCUCCAUUAGUUUUUAGGUGAAUGGCACUACCUAGUGGAGAACUUGCAUACAGGCACAGAGGAGGAUGAUUUUAACAUGUGAUACACAGCAGUGACUGGGACCAAUUUGGCAUAGCAUGUAACAUUAACACCGUGGUUCUAAAUUCUCAGUGGUUUCGGGCCUUGUAAAUGUUGUGAGUCUUGUGUUGAUUUUGUGGUGCUUUUCAGUUUUGGUGCCGCCUCUGGGUCAGAUUGUUCAGAUCAUCUUGUUUAGUUUAGUCAGUUUGGUCAUGUGGCAUUGCUCCUUGUACUGAAUGUUACUGGGCCUUUUAACUGUUACUUGGAAUAAUCCUACAUGCCUUUUGGAUGUAUAUUUUAGUUGUAUGCGUGAUUAUGGAGUAGUUAGAUUUAGAUUUCUAAAUGUGCUUUGACGGAACGCGUAUGUAAGUUUUUUGAGAUUUUUUAUGAAGACAGUUUAAUAUUGUUAAUGUUGUUGGGGAUUUAAAGUGUAUCAUAUAUUUGGUAGUUCAGAUUUUUUUUACAGUUUUCACAGGGUUCAUAAGCAUUUUGUAAUGCAUUAGGUUUACUCUGCUCUGGUCAAAUUGUGACUGUUGGCUGAUCAUUUGGUGCCUUGUCACUGGGCUGAUGUACCUGGAGGAGCACUUCGAAGAAUUUGACUCCCCACUUAGCUGACCAUGUAGAUGUUUGGCAGAAGAGUAAAAUAAAUUCAUGAUAACACUUUGCCCCAAAAUUUUAAUUCCCCUCAUAAUAAUAAUAAAGACAUCCUCUGUAAAGUCCAGUCUCUUACUCAUAAUGAUAUCAUACUACAUAAAGAUACAUUUAUCCAGAUGUGGGAGAAAUUGUUGUGCAGUCUCUUCAAUCUCUCUCUUUGGUUUCAUUUUCUGUGAGCAUGUGCCCUUGUUUGGGGAGUGCCGCCUCAUCACUGAAAACCUUAAGUUCUCGAUACACUUUCAUGUGUGGCUCUUUGAUUUCUCGAGACAUCGUUAAUUAAGUGAACAUAGCCGGUGAGGUUCAUUUACUUUUCCAUAAUUCCGUGAUAUUUUUUUUUCUCUUCACACAACAUUCGAGUCUUUUUAUGGGUUAAAGUUUGUUAAAUGAAGGCAGGUCUUUUAAAUAUCCAGGUCGUUAACCUUAUGGGCAAAUAACUGCAGUUCAGAAGUCAAUAUUGUAUACAUUAUACGCGGGAAUGUAACGUAGUAAGCCAAGGGGGCAACCAUUAUCUACGUAGUGAUCAUGUACAUAAGUAGACCAGAACUUUCUCUCAAUAUUUAUCUUGCUCAGUUUCUUUUGAGUUAUUCUUUACUUAUGUUGUAUCAAAUUGAAAUUUUUUAUAUGUAAAGAUAUGCUGAUGUGUCCAGACAUAAAUCAUUUUACAAGUGGUUUGUUUCUAAUUUAGAGCCAAAAUGAAGAAUGACUGGACCACAUUUGUGUUUAUAAGACAUUUGACAAAAAGUUUAAGGGAAAACGAGAAAAUAAAAACAUGGCCAAUAUACCCUGAGCAUGCAGGUAUGUGAAGCCGGUUAAACUUUAGCCCAAAGGUGUGUUGUUGUGUGUGAUGUCCAUGUGUCUGGUGCCUGUACGAUGAACAAUCCUUCUUAUUUCUGCUGCAAUUUAUUCAUUUUUUACUUCACGUAUUCUGUAAGUUUUUAGGUAUUCAACUUGCAACAUAGCACAUGCACUAAAAAAUCUUAUUACACCUUGUCUGGAAAGAAAUACUACCUCAUACAGAGUUCAGGGGGAUGCCACUGAAUUUGGUCGUUGAAACAAUUUGCUUGAUAACCACAAACAUGAGAAAUUUUGUCCUGCCUAUUUAACUGUGAUUUCAUACUAAUGUUCAGCUCUGUACAGCCCUGACAUGUCAAGAGGUAAAGCAAUAGGGAAAGUAAAUGUAACAGCAUUUUAAUUUGUUUUUUUUUUUCUUUCUUUCUUUUUGGUUGGUUGGACUAAGCUACAAUCCAAAAAAUGAUUUGGAGGCUUAACAUUCGGUCUCUUUAUUGACUUUUAGUAAGUCUUGGCUGUGCAUCUGGAUGAUAUCACAGAUUAAGUUCUUGGUUCUCUGGUUUAAUGACUUGAGAAAGAUUUGUUCAUAUUCACAAGUACUUAUUGGCUUCUGUCUCUGACUGCAUGUGGGAAUCAAAUCACUCAAUUUAGUGGUACUUCCCUUAAAUUAGUUAUUAUUUGAAAUAACUCUUUAAGUUUUAAAAUAAGCUGCACGUGCGUGAGUCAUGCCAGUAAAGGUCACCAGAUUCUCAACAUGCUGUCUUGUAAAACCUGAGGUAUGCAUGGUUUCAAGUCUUGUAUGUUGUACAGUUUUUCUAAACUGACUUCUUUAUGUUUUAUUCCUUUUUGUUUUUAGUUGAACUUAUGUAGAGGUUUUUGUUCCCUAACAAUGUGUGUUCAAUGUCUUUCAUGUUGUACGUUGCCAUUGACUUUUAGUGCUGUGGUAAAUCCUGUGGAUUUGAAAAAGUAUCGGCAAUGCCUCUGAUGGUUAAAUUGGUAUAAGACAUCUGGUCUUGUAAUGACAGAACAGAUUCAUAUUGAAUCUAUUUGUACCUUAAUUUUAAGAAUUUCGUAGAGACAUAUAUAUGUACCUUGAACUUUAAUGAUGUUCUGUUUCUCAAAGUAAUUUCCUUGAGGAAACUGGUGCUCCGUUACGACCUGAUUUACAGUAGGCUAUGUAACUAGCAGUGGGUUUUUCCAGUCGCAUCACCUCAUAUAGUUAUAGUGGAAUAUUUGAUUAAGAAAGCCUCAUGUGACGUGUCUGUGGGGCUUUCUUGUUCUUAAGUAAGAGACCUUCGUUAUGGAUGCUAAUAGUAUCAGAAUGUUUUUAUGAUCUUUGGGUCAAAUGUGCAACGCUAACUUAUAGCUUUUUUCCAGCAGGUCCAGUUGGGUGCUGAGGUUUUUGCAGACUUGUUGAAAUAAUCUUUUUUUUUUCCCUUUUCUUCAGGUCAAAUCACUUCAGCAGAGCAGUGUGUCAUUGGUGUGUUUGCUGGCCCCAAAAGCCACCAUAUCAGUGGUUCAGCAUGUUUUAGCAAAUCAAAAGAUUGGAUUAUAAACCUCUUAUAAUUUGCUACUUUGCUACUAUUUUCAAAUUAUAACUGCAACUUUUUUUCGAUUUAAAAGCAGCUGUUUUAAUUCAUGCUAACAAUAUGAAAAUCAGCUUGCUUAGGACUGGUGAGCCAUCACAUUGAACUAUUUGAUGUUGAUGUUACAGCAUCAGUUAUGAUUUGUCCCUCUUAUGUAACAGUUUAGGGUUAUCUUUGAAAAACUCAGCAGUCAUUUGAAACCACUUCACACAGUUUUAAAGACAUUUCCCAUUUCCUCUAAGGCUUUUCUGUCCUGCUGGUAUAAAGAAAAUGAUUCAUUUUUGCAUGUUGACACAUCACCAUAGUGAUCAGGUUUAUUUGUCUGCCUUUUCAUAAACUGCCAAGACGAUACAACAUGUUAUCUUUAGUUUUUGUCUUUAAUUGGUUCAAAUAAUAGGUUCACCUUUUUGUUCAAGUUGACUAUGGAGUAGUUUUUGAACCAGCAAAAAAGCAGCAUUAAAUGGUGUCAAAUGACCUUGAGUUUUCAUUUUUAUUUUCAAUUUUCCUUGUAUUAUCAUGAUGUAAUCAUUAAUGCGGAAGUCUUAAAAGUACAUUUAUCGAUUACAUGAGAGGUACAAACUAACUAAGCAAAAGCAUGCAAAACCACUGGCAUGGUCCGACACUUGCGGUGUUCCUGGCUUAAAAACUGACGACCAUUUAUGGUUGUAGCUGCACAGACGUCUUGUUUUGGAUGGUUUGUCUUAUGAAAACACCUGAUGUGACCACCAGUCACAACAGGUGUCCCCCACAUCCCCAGAAGAGAGUGUCCUCUGCUAUUAACGUGAAUUUUUCAGCAAGGACCUGUUGAGAGGAACCGUUGACCAUCUUCAGCCAUGAUAUUGGUGUCACUUUUCCUGCCUUAACUCACUCACUUAACACUUCAGGUUCUUUUACAGCCAUGCAGUGCCCAGCCUUGGAAUGAAGAUUUUACUUGAGCUUACUUCCCUCACUAAAUAGGAGUUGCUGCAUUCAGAGUAUUUGGGACUGCCACAUUUCCUUCCAUUACUGCCUUUUCUGCCAUCGCUGUUCUUCCGACUUGCAUAUAUUUGACAGUUGCUCAUCUUUUCCCUGAUGCGGCCGAUGUUGAAUGAACUUAAGACUUCUGUAUCAAGCAGGGUGGCCUACCUGGAUUACCAUUGUUUGUUAGCCCAGUGGAUGGAGGUUUCCAUCUCUGUGACGACAGCCGGGAUCACAGAGCAGACACAUAACGCAAAAGCCGCAUUAUGGCUUUCACUUCACCAAAGGUCAUCCCAGCUUCUUGACAUGCAUUGUUUUUUUGGAUUUUGAAAAAGACACUACGCUGGUUUCCUCAUCUCGAACAGCAUGGUGCACCACAUAAUGACUGAAAACCCAACUGGGGGUUUUGACUUAAACUGUUGACAAUCCAGCCUGUCAUGUGCACUAACACUGUGAUGUAUGACAUGAAGUAAUCAUGUUCUGUGUUGGAAAACUUUGAAAUCACUGUGAAACCUGUUCUGAUACUGUACAUGGUGUGAUUUUUCUAAGAACAAGAUUGAGUGUUUUUAAACACAAGCAAUUCAUUGUUUAAUAGAUGGAUUGUGUUCAUUUUGAUACCACAAACUGGAGAAAAAUAAACUUUUUGAUAAACAG